AUGCAAAAAACUAAAAGUUCUGGUAGCUCUCCUUUACGUAAUUCGGUCUACAAUCACGAUGAUUUAAAGUCUCAACCUGAGACUUCUGAUUAUCGUCGGCGUAAUACUUCUAAUAUCGAGUAUCCUGGAAGGCCUCGAAAUCGGGAUACGCACAUGGAUGAAAGAAGACGUGAUUAUGAACAUUUAUAUGAUAAUAAGCAGGAUACCUUUUAUAGUCGCAAAGAUGACUAUGAUGAAGGGCGGCACAAUAAAUCACAUGAUGAUCGUUAUAAUAAUCAUUUAUCAGAUACAAAUUAUAAUUAUUAUGUAACGGAACGUCAACUUGAUAAUGGCUUUGAUGUUCGUAAUAAUAUUAACAAUAUUCAAAAAAGACGAGACCAUAAUGAAUAUGAUAAGUAUACUAGUAGUAGAUCUUCUCAUAUUUCUGACAAAGAUCCUUAUGGUCGAUAUGCUAACCAGUCAUCUAGUAAUGGUCACUCCCGAAAUACUUCUUAUUCUUCAACUAAUGAUCUUGAUUCAUCACGUUCAAAUGUCCAUUCCCCUCUUCCUGCUGUUAAUCCUUCAUAUUUAGAUCAUAUACGUCAUCGUGCAACUGCCAGUGAUAGUAGUUCUGUAUCAACUCCAAGUAGUCCUCCAACUCCAAAUGGGUUUUAUGAUGAUGAUCCUAGGUUAAGAAAAAGUAAUGGUUUGGAUCCACGAAUUUAUAAGGAUCAAAUUUAUUCACCUGCCAUAACAUCAAGACCAUUAACUCCAAGAUCAAACUUCCCAUUGGAAGAUGAUAAGGAUCGUUAUUAUCGCUCAAGUCCCUUAAGUCCUUCUUAUAAUAAAUUUCAUCUUGAUGAUAAUCAUCGUCAAAGCCCCUCUCGUAAUAAAUUUUAUCUUGAAGAUGGAAAUGAUUAUGAUGAUAUUUCACAUAACUAUAUUUCAAGCAAACGUCAACCUCUUUUAUCAUCAACAUUAAAAGAUAAACCUUUAACCGCAAAAUCACCCACUCCAUCGAUUCCACGUUCUUAUCAAUCAGCAUAUUUAUCACCUCCGGUUACUAGAGCAACAAGUCCAACUCGCAGUUCUUAUACUAAAAAACAUCAUAAUUACCAUUAUGAGGCUACUUCUCCUACUUUAUCACCGACUUAUUCUUCACGUCCACCAUCACGAGCGACUAGCGUUAGUAGUCAUGCAACUUCUAUUGAAGAAGAAUCUGUUGCAUUAACUGACAUUCUUCAAGCUGCGGAUUCACUGACAUUAAGGAAUUUAUCAGAGCAAUUAAAAAUAUUUAGACAUCGAGAGUUUAGUCCACCCAGUAGUGUAAAAUCCACAUCACGUAGUACGCCUGGUACGAGACGACCAUCUGUUACAACUACCAAAAAUUCUACAAAUACUACAAGAGGAAUAAAAAGUAGUUCUGCACCUGGUACCCCUAAUGCCGCCCAAAAAAAGAAAAAUUAUACUUUAGAUAAACGAUCUCAACCAACGGAUUUCUCCGCGGCUAGAGAAGCUUUAAACCGUGCAAAAUUGAAGGUUGAAGAAAUGUUAGAACUUGUCAGCAAUAACGGUUCUGUAUGA